UCUUCCGAGUAAUUACUUUUUCACUCACCUCUGACCAAAAAGAAAGAGAACCCAACAUUUUGAAGGCAUGACGGAGGAGGAAGGAGGCUUCAAAUUCUCUUCAUUCUCGCCAUCUUUGGAUCUCAAUAAACCCUAUGGUUUCUCUUCUCUUUCUUAUCUCUUAUAUUUGGCAUUCUCAGCAUUCACCGUGUUUUUUUUUUAAUUAGUUUUUGUUAGGGGUCUUAUACUACCUUAAUGGUUGUGCCUGGAAUCUUGAUUAUCCCUCGAGAUCUUGAUUUUUACAUUUUGGGAUUCGCUUUUUUCAUUAUGUUCUUUCAGUUUCUUUACUGUACAUUGGCUGAUGUAAACCUGCUAAACAAUCAUGCGUGCGUUUUCUUUUUUAAUGAGUUUGCAUAAAUGCGGUUCCAAAACACACUGUAGAUAUUACCAGAGCAUUUAAAAAAAAUUCUUUUUAAUGGGUUGCUUUCAAGAUGGGUGAUUGUUUAAGAUAAAAACAUUGGAUUCUUGGCAGAGUUGAAAAAUGAUGUCUUUUACUUAGUUGAAGCGGAGAGAGAUUUUGAUUUUUGAACCUCGAAUCCCUUUUUUUUUCUGGCAGUUCCUCUUGGAAGUGCUUUGUAGUUUAUUUUGAUUCAGUUUCCAGCUGAAUUCCAUGAUGCCAAAAAGUGAGCUUGAGUUCUCUGGAUAACCAGGCUGUUAAAAAUCGAUGUAGAUUGUGAAAUAAAUGCAAGUGCCUUUAUUCAUUUUUUUCCAUCUUUUACUUUUCAAUUGCGUUGGAAGAUUAUUAUAAUUUUUAUGAGCAUAUCUUUUUGUAUAUUGUUUUUUGAUUUGACAGAAAGAUUAGAUGAGGAGACUUUUUCUUUCUGUUGUAUUUGUGACAUUUUUCCUUUCAAACUGGUGGCAGAAUGGUGACAUUGUGUACAGAGGUGAUUCUCGAAAAAAUAUUAUAACAUAAAAGGACAUCACAUACAUGUGAAACAUGGCUGAGGUAGCGGUGGAGUACCUCGUUAGAAAAUUGAAGGAUCGAAUUUUAUUUGAAACUGACAGACGAAGUGCGGCAGAAUUAAAUAGCAUCAAGAUUGAGUUCGAAAAACUCAGGCCAUUUCUGAAAAAUGCAGAUUGGAGAAAGAUGAUGGUUGCUGACAACACAAUUGUGAAAUGGGUGACAGAUGUGAUAAACCUGGUGUAUGAGGUUGAAGAUGUCAUUGACAAGGAUAGCAGUGGAAGAAAGGAGUCAUAUGGGUCUCUGUCCUCACUUGUUGAUUUUGUGAGUGAAUUUUUUAAUUACGGGACCGCAUCAAAUAAACCGCAUACUAGUUACAAGUCAUUGCUGGUGCAUGUCUCAGAUAGGAUUAAAGAACUAGAAGCCACAAGGAAGCAUCUAAGCUUGUUAGGAGACAUCACUAAAGCCAAACAUGAAAGCCUGAUACAACAUUCAAAGUCCUCCCAUAAGCUUCCAUUGAACAAUAUGAUUGGAAGGAGCAAAGAAUUUAUGAUGCUCAAGGAAUUGCUUCUUCAUGUGGUCGAGGCUGAUAGGCCAUAUCUUGUUGCUGUAACUGGAAAUGAAGGUGUUGGCAAAACAACACUCGUCCUAAGAGUGUAUGAGAGUGUGCAGAGACAUUUUGACUGUUCUGCCUGGAUUUCUGUUUGUGGGCGUUCAGUCACUGGAAUUUUAAGAAACAUGGCUGCAGAUUUUUCCAGAAGCCAUUCAGUAAUGAAGCCGGUGAUUAAUUUGGAUAAAAAGGGUGACAAGGAUUUAGCAAACAUGAUCUGUGACUACUUAGGUGGUAAGAACUUCUUGCUAAUCUUAGAUGGCUUGGAUACCUUAGAUACCUUUGAAGAUAUUAAGCAUGCAUUACCCGCUAGAUGCAGAGGGAAGGUGGUGGUGACAACCUUUAAUUCAGUGAUUCCUGCAGUUAUAUGCAGGCAUGUUCUCCAUCUUGAUCCACUACUGGCAGAAGAUGGUCUGGGGCUUCUUCGUGGACGAGCACUCUUGCAGCAAUAUGACCUUGGUGAGGUGCCUUGGCCUUCUUCAGUGAAAUUGGUUGAAAAGAAGAUUUUGCAUAUUUGUCAAGGCAUCCCCCUAUCUAUUGCCACUCUGGGGAGCUUGCUUUCAACAAUCAACCUAGAAGAAGUUGGGAAUUGGAAUGAGGUCCUUCAUAUGCUGGAGGAAGCUAAUCAGUGUAUGCCUCAGUCCAAUUUGAUCAAGAAAGUCAUCGCAGUGUGUUACUUUAGCCUGCCAGCAAUGCUGAAAUGCUGCUUCCUUUAUUGUGGAAUGUUUCCCCGCCAUUGUGACAUCCAAUGUAAGAAGCUGAUUCGGUUAUGGGUGGCAGAGGGCUUUACAGGAAGACAGCUAUUUGGGAUAACAGAAGAGGAAUCUGCCAAAUACCUCUUAGAAGAGCUUAUCCAAAGGAAUUUGCUUCAAGUGGCACGUGUAGGUGUAAAUGGGGAGGUGGAAUCUUGUACACUCCUGCAGCCAGUGCAUGAUUUUAUCUGUGACAUGUCACAAAAGGACCAGAUAUUUUCUAUAUAUGAGAGCACCCAGGAGGUUUGGCCAUUAAAGGCAUCACGUUGUGUUGCCAUACAUGGAGAAAUUGAUUAUAGAACACCUAAUUCCCUCCCUAGAGAGAUCCGUUCUUUGCAUUUCUUUCAGGGGAGACCAAACCAGACAGCUAUCUUGUUGAACUUGGUAUCGAAAGUUAAACUCCUGCAUGUGCUGGAUUUGCAAAAUAUUCCUAUUGACACCUUGCCUGAUGAAAUUGGUGAUCUUGUUGAGUUGCGCUAUCUAGACCUGAGGAACACGAGGCUACAUGAGCUUCCACCAUCCCUUCAAAAUCUGUGUGAACUACAGACACUUGAUGUUAGAAACACACCGGUAAGGGCUUUGCCUAGUGGCUUUGAUAGCCUCAGGAUGUUGAAGCACCUUCUUCUUGCCGAUUCAUAUGGCAACAGGGUAGUGAAGUUGGAUGCUGAAAUCAUGUUUCUUAAAGACCUCCAGACACUAGCAGGUGUGAAACUUACACAAAAUGUCGCUCUAGGACUAAACCACCUCCCUAAACUUCUGAAGCUGUCAGUGGGAGAGGUAGAAGGUGGAAAAAAUUCUCUUUGUCUGUCAGAAUCCAUCAAUCAGAUGAAAGACCUCAGUUCCCUGACCAUAAAAUGCGCUUGGAGGAAGGAAAUUCAAAUACAGAUAUCAAAUCCUCUUGAGAAUUUGGAAAAGUUACGUGUUGGAGGUUGGAUUAGAGAUUUGCUGAGUUGGAUAAGCAGGCUAAGCUCCCUCAAGUAUUUGCAUCUAUGGGACUGUAUGUUGAAUCAAGACCCCAUCUCAAGUCUCCAGCAUUUGCCCAAUCUUGUUGUCCUUUCUUUAUCGAAGGCUUUCAAAGGGAAGCAGAUAAGUUGUGAUAAUAUUGCUGGAUUUCCGAAGCUCAAGAGACUAUCAAUUUUUCACUUUGAAGAAUUAACUGAAUGGACAAAGAUAGAGGAGGGAUCAAUGGAAAAGCUUCAGAUUUUAACCAUUGGUUGGUGUCGUAAACUAAAAUUGCCUCCAAGAGGCCUUGAAAGUCUGAAGGAUCUUGAAACACUGCAGAUAACCAGCAUGUAUCCAGAAUUUGCAGAAGAGGCAAAAGCGAUCUCUCGUUGUUCAGGCUUAAACUUUUCAGUUGUUCAACAAGUUGCUUCUCAAACCCGUCAACAGAAUCUUACCUUACAAAUAAUCAACUGAGCUAUUGGUGGGAUUAAAUGGGUUACUGCAAACUAUUUUUACGAAUUGCUUGGGGCCAGGAAAACCGCUCAGCAGAAACUAUGUUAUCAUUUAUUGUGGACACUUACAGAAGAAGAAUGACAGUUUAUGGAUUGGCCUUGUAAUCUUCUGCCUUUUGAUUUCAUGGUCACCAUAUAGUGAACAUCUGUUUCCUGUGCGACAUUAACUUUUAAUUACACUACUGUAAUCUAAUAAAAUUCUCCUCAUUUACUUGAUUCAAAAUUCUUGGUUCUGA